AUGUCUUCGUGGUUUUCAUAUUUUGGGUAAUAUCAAAAUUUAGAAAAAUUUUUCCCAUCUGUAAUAUUAUUUCAGAUUCAAUAAUGGUCCACCCCUUGAAAAUGUUGAAGAAGAACCCGAAGAACAGCCUUCCACAUCAGUUGAAGAAACAUGUGCACCUGUAAGUUUUGAAGAGAUUCAGAAAAACUAAUUUUCAAAUAACAAGGUAUCUUCGAAGUCCGUAGAAGAAAAAUUAAACGAGGCAAUGAAUCGUUUACCAGCCGAUCAACAAUCGAUUGUUCAAGAUGUAAGUCACCGAGUUUUUAUUUAGCUAAAAGUUCAUGAAUAAUACUUCCAGGUAUUACGGAGGGCAGAACAUUCACGCAGAGAAGCCAAAAUUGUAGUCGAUGCUGAAAUGCUCCGUUCAGCUUAUCGUCGACAAGGAGAAGAUUCACAAGAAGUGGAUCAUCGUUUCUCAUUGGUCCAAAUGGAUUCAAUACCAGACAGUAAGUUACAUUACAUUUUUCCAAACAAACAAAUCUCUAGAAUUUUUUCAAAACUGAAUUAUUUUACAGAUAUAAUAACAAGUGAAAUGCUCGAACAAGACAUGAAUCUUCAAAGCAAAAUUGAAAAUGAAUCCGUAGAAGAAGAUAGACAUCCACCUGAUUAUUCAACGAUUGGUGAAAAGCGUGCAUCUAUAGCCGAAAUAACUACAUCAAACUUACGGAGUAGAUUACACAAGAUGAAAUCUCAUCUAACUUCAUGGUUCAAUUCAUUGGAUUAUGAUGGUGACUAUAGUGCUAUUUUUGAAAUAACUGGAAAACAAAUUAUUGAGGAAAAACUUGAGAAUCUUACUAUGCAAUAUAUUGAUGCCUUAAGCAAGGUAAGUAGAAAACAGUAGAAAAAUUGAGAGAAUAUUUCUCGAAAAUGGGUUUUAAAAAAUUAUUUCAAAAUCUGAAUAUUUCAGGCUAUACUGAUAUCAUCUCAUAUCGAAUACUCGAAUCAUAUUUUAUCAUCAAACCCCGAAUUUCAACUGAUGUGUACACAGUUCUGUGAAUCGAUAUUUUCUCAAGCAUAUCGCGAUAUAAAAUAUAAUUUGAUGGAUGAAAAAACACGGUAUAUUGUUAACAAUUAUUGCGGAAAAAUUGCAGAAGAAGCAUUACACGCUGCCUUCUAUUCGUUUAUUUCAAAAACCUUACCAUCAGAAACGGAGUGAGUUCACUAUUCAAUGAAAAUUAAAUGAAUGUGAUUUUUAGAACCGAAAUUGUCACUCAACUAUCAAAACUUCACAAAUCGAAGUCUUUCGAAAACGCGAAUGAGCUUGAUUCGUAUUUAUGCAGAAUAGAUGUAACUGAUGCAGAACAAGGUAAAAUGAAACUAAAAAUUAUCAUAAAUCAUUUUUUUUCAGACAAAGAAUCACAAUCUUCAUCAAUAUACUGCUAUGAACUACUUGACGAUAAUAAAUCAUUGAAAUCAUCGAAUUCAAAUCCUCAAUCAGAACCGAAAGACGACGAUUCAUGGAGCAGACCGAGUUCAUUUGAUGAUCCCAUCGUUGUCGUUGAGGAGCUUUUCAAUGUGCCCAAUUAUGAUGAUUUUGAAAUCGUACAACUUCAGAGAGAUUACGAGAAACCAUUAGACGUAGAAGAAAUAACUUUGACGGAAGAAGCAUACUAUCCUAAAACAGAAGACGAUAUCUACCACCGAAGUGAUCCUUUAGAAAGGAUAGCUGAAUUAGAUGAGGAUCAACAAUCACAAAACAGUUCCCAUGACACGAUGAAAGAACAAGACAAUGAGAACUCCAAAAUUGUAUUGAAUGUGGAAGAAUACAUUCAAAGUAUGAUCGAACAAGUUUCGAGUGAGAUACAGGACAAAACUCCUCUUCCUGAUAUGCCAACUACCAGUCAGAAAACCGAUGAAGAAAAUUUACAAUUCGAAAUGUUCACACGCCAGCUUGUUUCUGAAGCAAUAAAAAGGGCUGAAAUCGAUUUGAAACAUGGAAAUACAACUUCCAGUGGUAUCAAAACAUAUAGAUUAUCCAAAACAUCAUUGGGAGAUAAUUUCAUCAGACAGACAAAUGAUGAUGGAAGAUCGAGUGCAACAUCUGGAGCUGAUAUUGAACAAUUUUUCGAACAAGAAUCACCGAUAAUUGAGAAACCAACAGAACCUGAGCUGACCCAAGAUGAAAUUGACCAUAUUGCAUCUAUUCAGAAUAUGGCUGAGAGAAUGUCUAUUGAAGUUGUGUUACCACCUAUGCGCCCUCCAAUUCCAGUCAGGUUACCAACAAUCGAUGAACCGGUUCAAUUUACAAAACAAGUAUCUGAUGAUAGAAUAUCGAGUGCAACAUCUGGAGCUGAUAUUGAACAAUCUUUCGAACAAGAAUCACCGAUAAUUGAGAAACCAACAGAACCUGAGCUGACCCAAGAUGAAAUUGACCAUAUUGCAUCUAUUCAGAAUAUGGCUGAGAGAAUGUCUAUUGAAGUUGUGUUACCACCUAUGCGCCCUCCAAUUCCAGUCAGGUUACCAACAAUCGAUGAACCGGUUCAAUUUACAAAACAAGUAUCUGAUGAUGGAAGAUCGAGUGCAACAUCUGGAGCUGAUAUUGAACAAUCUUUCGAACAAGAAUCACCGAUAAUUGAGAAACCAACAGAACCUGGUCUGACCAAAGACGAAAUUGACCACAUUGCAUCUAUUCAGAAUAUGGCUGAGAGAAUGGCCGAAGAAGUUGUGUUACCACCUAUGCGCCCUCCAAUUCCAGUCAGGUUACCAACAAUCGAUGAACCGGUUCAAUUUACAAAACAAGUAUCUGAUGAUGGAAGAUCGAGUGCAACAUCUGGAGCUGAUAUUGAACAAUCUUUCGAACAAGAAUCACCGAUAAUUGAGAAACCAACAGAACCUGAGCUGACCCAAGAUGAAAUUGACCACAUUGCAUCUAUUCAGAAUAUGGCUGAGAGAAUGGCCGAAGAAGUUGUGUUACCACCUAUGCGCCCUCCAAUUCCAGUCAGGUUACCAACAAUCGAUGAACCGGUUCAAUUUACAAAACAAGUAUCCGAUGAUGGAAGAUCGAGUGCAACAUCUGGAGCUGAUAUUGAACAAUCUUUCGAACAAGAAUCACCGAUAAUUGAGAAACCAACAGAACCUGAGCUGACCCAAGAUGAAAUUGACCAUAUUGCAUCUAUUCAGAAUAUGGCUGAGAGAAUGUCUAUUGAAGUUGUGUUACCACCUAUGCGCCCUCCAAUUCCAGUCAGGUUACCAACAAUCGAUGAACCUGUUCAAUUUACAAAACAAGUAUCCGAUGAUGGAAGAUCGAGUGCAACAUCUGGAGCUGAUAUUGAACAAUCUUUCGAACAAGAAUCACCGAUAAUUGAGAAACCAACAGAACCUGAGCUGACCCAAGAUGAAAUUGACCAUAUUGCAUCUAUUCAGAAUAUGGCUGAGAGAAUGUCUAUUGAAGUUGUGUUACCACCUAUGCGCCCUCCAAUUCCAGUCAGGUUACCAACAAUCGAUGAACCGGUUCAAUUUACAAAACAAGUAUCUGAUGAUGGAAGAUCGAGUGCAACAUCUGGAGCUGAUAUUGAACAAUCUUUCGAACAAGAAUCACCGAUAAUUGAGAAACCAACAGAACCUGAGCUGACCCAAGAUGAAAUUGACCAUAUUGCAUCUAUUCAGAAUAUGGCUGAGAGAAUGUCUAUUGAAGUUGUGUUACCACCUAUGCGCCCUCCAAUUCCAGUCAGGUUACCAACAAUCGAUGAACCGGUUCAAUUUACAAAACAAGUAUCUGAUGAUGGAAGAUCGAGUGCAACAUCUGGAGCUGAUAUUGAACAAUCUUUCGAACAAGAAUCACCGAUAAUUGAGAAACCAACAGAACCUGGUCUGACCAAAGACGAAAUUGACCACAUUGCAUCUAUUCAGAAUAUGGCUGAGAGAAUGGCCGAAGAAGUUGUGUUACCACCUAUGCGCCCUCCAAUUCCAGUCAGGUUACCAACAAUCGAUGAACCUGUUCAAUUUACAAAACAAGUAUCCGAUGAUAGAAUAUCGAGUGCAACAUCUGGAGCUGAUAUUGAACAAUCUUUCGAACAAGAAUCACCGAUAAUUGAGAAACCAACAGAACCUGAGCUGACCCAAGAUGAAAUUGACCAUAUUGCAUCUAUUCAGAAUAUGGCUGAGAGAAUGUCUAUUGAAGUUGUGUUACCACCUAUGCGCCCUCCAAUUCCAGUCAGGUUACCAACAAUCGAUGAACCUGUUCAAUUUACAAAACAAGUAUCCGAUGAUGGAAGAUCGAGUGCAACAUCUGGAGCUGAUAUUGAACAAUCUUUCGAACAAGAAUCACCGAUAAUUGAGAAACCAACAGAACCUGAGCUGACCCAAGAUGAAAUUGACCAUAUUGCAUCUAUUCAGAAUAUGGCUGAGAGAAUGUCUAUUGAAGUUGUGUUACCACCUAUGCGCCCUCCAAUUCCAGUCAGGUUACCAACAAUCGAUGAACCGGUUCAAUUUACAAAACAAGUAUCCGAUGAUGGAAGAUCGAGUGCAACAUCUGGAGCUGAUAUUGAACAAUCUUUCGAACAAGAAUCACCGAUAAUUGAGAAACCAACAGAACCUGGUCUGACCAAAGACGAAAUUGACCACAUUGCAUCUAUUCAGAAUAUGGCUGAGAGAAUGUCUAUUGAAGUUGUGUUACCACCUAUGCGCCCUCCAAUUCCAGUCAGGUUACCAACAAUCGAUGAACCGGUUCAAUUUACAAAACAAGUAUCCGAUGAUAGAAUAUCGAGUGCAACAUCUGGAGCUGAUAUUGAACAAUCUUUCGAACAAGAAUCACCGAUAAUUGAGAAACCAACAGAACCUGAGCUGACCCAAGAUGAAAUUGACCAUAUUGCAUCUAUUCAGAAUAUGGCUGAGAGAAUGUCUAUUGAAGUUGUGUUACCACCUAUGCGCCCUCCAAUUCCAGUCAGGUUACCAACAAUCGAUGAACCUGUUCAAUUUACAAAACAAGUAUCCGAUGAUGGAAGAUCGAGUGCAACAUCUGGAGCUGAUAUUGAACAAUCUUUCGAACAAGAAUCACCGAUAAUUGAGAAACCAACAGAACCUGGUCUGACCAAAGACGAAAUUGACCACAUUGCAUCUAUUCAGAAUAUGGCUGAGAGAAUGGCCGAAGAAGUUGUGUUACCACCUAUGCGCCCUCCAAUUCCAGUCAGGUUACCAACAAUCGAUGAACCGGUUCAAUUUACAAAACAAGUAUCUGAUGAUAGAAUAUCGAGUGCAACAUCUGGAGCUGAUAUUGAACAAUCUUUCGAACAAGAAUCACCGAUAAUUGAGAAACCAACAGAACCUGAGCUGACCCAAGAUGAAAUUGACCAUAUUGCAUCUAUUCAGAAUAUGGCUGAGAGAAUGUCUAUUGAAGUUGUGUUACCACCUAUGCGCCCUCCAAUUCCAGUCAGGUUACCAACAAUCGAUGAACCGGUUCAAUUUACAAAACAAGUAUCUGAUGAUGGAAGAUCGAGUGCAACAUCUGGAGCUGAUAUUGAACAAUCUUUCGAACAAGAAUCACCGAUAAUUGAGAAACCAACAGAACCUGAGCUGACCCAAGAUGAAAUUGACCAUAUUGCAUCUAUUCAGAAUAUGGCUGAGAGAAUGUCUAUUGAAGUUGUGUUACCACCUAUGCGCCCUCCAAUUCCAGUCAGGUUACCAACAAUCGAUGAACCGGUUCAAUUUACAAAACAAGUAUCCGAUGAUAGAAUAUCGAGUGCAACAUCUGGAGCUGAUAUUGAACAAUCUUUCGAACAAGAAUCACCGAUAAUUGAGAAACCAACAGAACCUGAGCUGACCCAAGAUGAAAUUGACCAUAUUGCAUCUAUUCAGAAUAUGGCUGAGAGAAUGGCCGAAGAAGUUGUGUUACCACCUAUGCGCCCUCCAAUUCCAGUCAGGUUACCAACAAUCGAUGAACCGGUUCAAUUUACAAAACAAGUAUCCGAUGAUAGAAUAUCGAGUGCAACAUCUGGAGCUGAUAUUGAACAAUCUUUCGAACAAGAAUCACCGAUAAUUGAGAAACCAACAGAACCUGAGCUGACCCAAGAUGAAAUUGACCAUAUUGCAUCUAUUCAGAAUAUGGCUGAGAGAAUGUCUAUUGAAGUUGUGUUACCACCUAUGCGCCCUCCAAUUCCAGUCAGGUUACCAACAAUCGAUGAACCGGUUCAAUUUACAAAACAAGUAUCCGAUGAUGGAAGAUCGAGUGCAACAUCUGGAGCUGAUAUUGAACAAGAUGAUACUUUUCACAAAGUUGCACCACCUAUUCCACCGAGAAACGAUAAAACAUUUGUGCUCCCAAAACCUUUAAAAGAACCAAAUGUUAGCUUUGAAAAAAUAGUGAUCCCUACACGAUUAGUGAUGCAAAGUUCCUCGGAUUCUACUGUGACCUCAGAGCUUCAGAUUUCAUUAGAAAGAGAUAUUAGCUAUGAUAGAAAUUCUCCACUUUUGGAAUCUGAACAUGAAAUUGUUCAAGAGCCUGAGUUAACACAAGAAGAACUUGACCAUAUUGCAAUGAUACAACAAAUGGCACAACAAUCUUCGUUCGAUCAAUUUACUACAAGACCUCCAGUUCCACCAAUGCCAAUUAGAAUUCCAACUAUUGAUGAACCAGUUCAACAAGUGAUUUCACAAAAAUCAGAAGAUCAAUCAGGAGCAACAUCAGAAGCUGAUAUUGAGAGAUCUUUCGAAAGAGAUAUUAGCUAUGAUAGAAAUUCUCCACUUUUGGAAUCUGAACAUGAAAUUGUUCAAGAGCCUGAGUUAACACAAGAAGAACUUGACCAUAUUGCAAUGAUACAACAAAUGGCACAACAAUCUUCGUUCGAUCAAUUUACUACAAGACCUCCAGUUCCACCAAUGCCAAUUAGAAUUCCAACUAUUGAUGAACCAGUUCAACAAGUGAUUUCACAAAAAUCAGAAGACCAAUCAGGGGCAACAUCAGAAGCUGAUAUUGAGAGAUCUUUCGAAAGAGAUAUUAGCUAUGAUAGAAAUUCUCCACUUUUGGAAUCUGAACAUGAAAUUGUUCAAGAGCCUGAGUUAACACAAGAAGAACUUGACCAUAUUGCAAUGAUACAACAAAUGGCACAACAAUCUUCGUUCGAUCAAUUUACUACAAGACCUCCAGUUCCACCAAUGCCAAUUAGAAUUCCAACUAUUGAUGAACCAGUUCAACAAGUGAUUUCACAAAAAUCAGAAGACCAAUCAGGGGCAACAUCAGAAGCUGAUAUUGAGAGAUCUUUCGAAAGAGAUAUUAGCUAUGAUAGAAAUUCUUCACUUUUGGAAUCUGAACAUGAAAUUGUUCAAGAGCCUGAGUUAACACAAGAAGAACUUGACCAUAUUGCAAUGAUACAACAAAUGGCACAACAAUCUUCGUUCGAUCAAUUUACUACAAGACCUCCAGUUCCACCAAUGCCAAUUAGAAUUCCAACUAUUGAUGAACCAGUUCAACAAGUGAUUUCACAAAAAUCAGAAGAUCAAUCGGGAGCAACAUCAGAAGCUGAUAUUGAGAGAUCUUUCGAAAGAGAUAUUAGCUAUGAUAGAAAUUCUCCACUUUUGGAAUCUGAACAUGAAAUUGUUCAAGAGCCUGAGUUAACACAAGAAGAACUUGACCAUAUUGCAAUGAUACAACAAAUGGCACAACAAUCUUCGUUCGAUCAAUUUACUACAAGACCUCCAGUUCCACCAAUGCCAAUUAGAAUUCCAACUAUUGAUGAACCAGUUCAACAAGUGAUUUCACAAAAAUCAGAAGACCAAUCAGGGGCAACAUCAGAAGCUGAUAUUGAGAGAUCUUUCGAAAGAGAUAUUAGCUAUGAUAGAAAUUCUCCACUUUUGGAAUCUGAACAUGAAAUUGUUCAAGAGCCUGAGUUAACACAAGAAGAACUUGACCAUAUUGCAAUGAUACAACAAAUGGCACAACAAUCUUCGUUCGAUCAAUUUACUACAAGACCUCCAGUUCCACCAAUGCCAAUUAGAAUUCCAACUAUUGAUGAACCAGUUCAACAAGUGAUUUCACAAAAAUCAGAAGACCAAUCAGGGGCAACAUCAGAAGCUGAUAUUGAGAGAUCUUUCGAAAGAGAUAUUAGCUAUGAUAGAAAUUCUCCACUUUUGGAAUCUGAACAUGAAAUUGUUCAAGAGCCUGAGUUAACACAAGAAGAACUUGACCAUAUUGCAAUGAUACAACAAAUGGCACAACAAUCUUCGUUCGAUCAAUUUACUACAAGACCUCCAGUUCCACCAAUGCCAAUUAGAAUUCCAACUAUUGAUGAACCAGUUCAACAAGUGAUUUCACAAAAAUCAGAAGAUCAAUCGGGAGCAACUUCAGAAGCUGAUAUUGAGAGAUCUUUCGAAAGAGAUAUUAGCUAUGAUAGAAAUUCUCCACUUUUGGAAUCUGAACAUGAAAUUGUUCAAGAGCCUGAGUUAACACAAGAAGAACUUGACCAUAUUGCAAUGAUACAACAAAUGGCACAACAAUCUUCGUUCGAUCAAUUUACUACAAGACCUCCAGUUCCACCAAUGCCAAUUAGAAUUCCAACUAUUGAUGAACCAGUUCAACAAGUGAUUUCACAAAAAUCAGAAGACCAAUCAGGGGCAACAUCAGAAGCUGAUAUUGAGAGAUCUUUCGAAAGAGAUAUUAGCUAUGAUAGAAAUUCUCCACUUUUGGAAUCUGAACAUGAAAUUGUUCAAGAGCCUGAGUUAACACAAGAAGAACUUGACCAUAUUGCAAUGAUACAACAAAUGGCACAACAAUCUUCGUUCGAUCAAUUUACUACAAGACCUCCAGUUCCACCAAUGCCAAUUAGAAUUCCAACUAUUGAUGAACCAGUUCAACACGUAUUAACUCAAAAAUCAGAAGACCAAUCAGGGGCAACAUCAGAAGCUGAUAUUGAGAGAUCUUUCGAAAGAGAUAUUAGCUAUGAUAGAAAUUCUCCACUUUUGGAAUCUGAACAUGAAAUUGUUCAAGAGCCUGAGUUAACACAAGAAGAACUUGACCAUAUUGCAAUGAUACAACAAAUGGCACAACAAUCUUCGUUCGAUCAAUUUACUACAAGACCUCCAGUUCCACCAAUGCCAAUUAGAAUUCCAACUAUUGAUGAACCAGUUCAACAAGUGAUUUCACAAAAAUCAGAAGAUCAAUCGGGAGCAACUUCAGAAGCUGAUAUUGAGAGAUCUUUCGAAAGAGAUAUUAGCUAUGAUAGAAAUUCUCCACUUUUGGAAUCUGAACAUGAAAUUGUUCAAGAGCCUGAGUUAACACAAGAAGAACUUGACCAUAUUGCAAUGAUACAACAAAUGGCACAACAAUCUUCGUUCGAUCAAUUUACUACAAGACCUCCAGUUCCACCAAUGCCAAUUAGAAUUCCAACUAUUGAUGAACCAGUUCAACAAGUGAUUUCACAAAAAUCAGAAGAUCAAUCGGGAGCAACUUCAGAAGCUGAUAUUGAGAGAUCUUUCGAAAGAGAUAUUAGCUAUGAUAGAAAUUCUCCACUUUUGGAAUCUGAACAUGAAAUUGUUCAAGAGCCUGAGUUAACACAAGAAGAACUUGACCAUAUUGCAAUGAUACAACAAAUGGCACAACAAUCUUCGUUCGAUCAAUUUACUACAAGACCUCCAGUUCCACCAAUGCCAAUUAGAAUUCCAACUAUUGAUGAACCAGUUCAACAAGUGAUUUCACAAAAAUCAGAAGAUCAAUCGGGAGCAACAUCAGAAGCUGAUAUUGAGAGAUCUUUCGAAAGAGAUAUUAGCUAUGAUAGAAAUUCUCCACUUUUGGAAUCUGAACAUGAAAUUGUUCAAGAGCCUGAGUUAACACAAGAAGAACUUGACCAUAUUGCAAUGAUACAACAAAUGGCACAACAAUCUUCGUUCGAUCAAUUUACUACAAGACCUCCAGUUCCACCAAUGCCAAUUAGAAUUCCAACUAUUGAUGAACCAGUUCAACAAGUGAUUUCACAAAAAUCAGAAGACCAAUCAGGGGCAACAUCAGAAGCUGAUAUUGAGAGAUCUUUCGAAAGAGAUAUUAGCUAUGAUAGAAAUUCUCCACUUUUGGAAUCUGAACAUGAAAUUGUUCAAGAGCCUGAGUUAACACAAGAAGAACUUGACCAUAUUGCAAUGAUACAACAAAUGGCACAACAAUCUUCGUUCGAUCAAUUUACUACAAGACCUCCAGUUCCACCAAUGCCAAUUAGAAUUCCAACUAUUGAUGAACCAGUUCAACAAGUGAUUUCACAAAAAUCAGAAGACCAAUCAGGGGCAACAUCAGAAGCUGAUAUUGAGAGAUCUUUCGAAAGAGAUAUUAGCUAUGAUAGAAAUUCUCCACUUUUGGAAUCUGAACAUGAAAUUGUUCAAGAGCCUGAGUUAACACAAGAAGAACUUGACCAUAUUGCAAUGAUACAACAAAUGGCACAACAAUCUUCGUUCGAUCAAUUUACUACAAGACCUCCAGUUCCACCAAUGCCAAUUAGAAUUCCAACUAUUGAUGAACCAGUUCAACACGUAUUAACUCAAAAAUCAGAAGACCAAUCAGGGGCAACAUCAGAAGCUGAUAUUGAGAGAUCUUUCGAAAGAGAUAUUAGCUAUGAUAGAAAUUCUCCACUUUUGGAAUCUGAACAUGAAAUUGUUCAAGAGCCUGAGUUAACACAAGAAGAACUUGACCAUAUUGCAAUGAUACAACAAAUGGCACAACAAUCUUCGUUCGAUCAAUUUACUACAAGACCUCCAGUUCCACCAAUGCCAAUUAGAAUUCCAACUAUUGAUGAACCAGUUCAACAAGUGAUUUCACAAAAAUCAGAAGACCAAUCAGGGGCAACAUCAGAAGCUGAUAUUGAGAGAUCUUUCGAAAGAGAUAUUAGCUAUGAUAGAAAUUCUCCACUUUUGGAAUCUGAACAUGAAAUUGUUCAAGAGCCUGAGUUAACACAAGAAGAACUUGACCAUAUUGCAAUGAUACAACAAAUGGCACAACAAUCUUCGUUCGAUCAAUUUACUACAAGACCUCCAGUUCCACCAAUGCCAAUUAGAAUUCCAACUAUUGAUGAACCAGUUCAACAAGUGAUUUCACAAAAAUCAGAAGAUCAAUCGGGAGCAACAUCAGAAGCUGAUAUUGAGAGAUCUUUCGAAAGAGAUAUUAGCUAUGAUAGAAAUUCUCCACUUUUGGAAUCUGAACAUGAAAUUGUACAAGAGCCUGAGUUAACACAAGAAGAACUUGACCAUAUUGCAAUGAUACAACAAAUGGCACAACAAUCUUCGUUCGAUCAAUUUACUACAAGACCUCCAGUUCCACCAAUGCCAAUUAGAAUUCCAACUAUUGAUGAACCAGUUCAACAAGUGAUUUCACAAAAAUCAGAAGAUCAAUCGGGAGCAACAUCAGAAGCUGAUAUUGAGAGAUCUUUCGAAAGAGAUAUUAGCUAUGAUAGAAAUUCUCCACUUUUGGAAUCUGAACAUGAAAUUGUUCAAGAGCCUGAGUUAACACAAGAAGAACUUGACCAUAUUGCAAUGAUACAACAAAUGGCACAACAAUCUUCGUUCGAUCAAUUUACUACAAGACCUCCAGUUCCACCAAUGCCAAUUAGAAUUCCAACUAUUGAUGAACCAGUUCAACAAGUGAUUUCACAAAAAUCAGAAGAUCAAUCGGGAGCAACAUCAGAAGCUGAUAUUGAGAGAUCUUUCGAAAGAGAUAUUAGCUAUGAUAGAAAUUCUCCACUUUUGGAAUCUGAACAUGAAAUUGUUCAAGAGCCUGAGUUAACACAAGAAGAACUUGACCAUAUUGCAAUGAUACAACAAAUGGCACAACAAUCUUCGUUCGAUCAAUUUACUACAAGACCUCCAGUUCCACCAAUGCCAAUUAGAAUUCCAACUAUUGAUGAACCAGUUCAACAAGUGAUUUCACAAAAAUCAGAAGACCAAUCAGGGGCAACAUCAGAAGCUGAUAUUGAGAGAUCUUUCGAAAGAGAUAUUAGCUAUGAUAGAAAUUCUCCACUUUUGGAAUCUGAACAUGAAAUUGUUCAAGAGCCUGAGUUAACACAAGAAGAACUUGACCAUAUUGCAAUGAUACAACAAAUGGCACAACAAUCUUCGUUCGAUCAAUUUACUACAAGACCUCCAGUUCCACCAAUGCCAAUUAGAAUUCCAACUAUUGAUGAACCAGUUCAACAAGUGAUUUCACAAAAAUCAGAAGAUCAAUCGGGAGCAACAUCAGAAGCUGAUAUUGAGAGAUCUUUCGAAAGAGAUAUUAGCUAUGAUAGAAAUUCUCCACUUUUGGAAUCUGAACAUGAAAUUGUUCAAGAGCCUGAGUUAACACAAGAAGAACUUGACCAUAUUGCAAUGAUACAACAAAUGGCACAACAAUCUUCGUUCGAUCAAUUUACUACAAGACCUCCAGUUCCACCAAUGCCAAUUAGAAUUCCAACUAUUGAUGAACCAGUUCAACACGUUUUGACUCAAAAAUCAGAAGAUCAAUCGGGAGCAACUUCAGAAGCUGAUAUUGAGAGAUCUUUCGAAAGAGAUAUUAGCUAUGAUAGAAAUUCUCCACUUUUGGAAUCUGAACAUGAAAUUGUUCAAGAGCCUGAGUUAACACAAGAAGAACUUGACCAUAUUGCAAUGAUACAACAAAUGGCACAACAAUCUUCGUUCGAUCAAUUUACUACAAGACCUCCAGUUCCACCAAUGCCAAUUAGAAUUCCAACUAUUGAUGAACCAGUUCAACAAGUGAUUUCACAAAAAUCAGAAGACCAAUCAGGGGCAACAUCAGAAGCUGAUAUUGAGAGAUCUUUCGAAAGAGAUAUUAGCUAUGAUAGAAAUUCUCCACUUUUGGAAUCUGAACAUGAAAUUGUUCAAGAGCCUGAGUUAACACAAGAAGAACUUGACCAUAUUGCAAUGAUACAACAAAUGGCACAACAAUCUUCGUUCGAUCAAUUUACUACAAGACCUCCAGUUCCACCAAUGCCAAUUAGAAUUCCAACUAUUGAUGAACCAGUUCAACAAGUGAUUUCACAAAAAUCAGAAGAUCAAUCGGGAGCAACAUCAGAAGCUGAUAUUGAGAGAUCUUUCGAAAGAGAUAUUAGCUAUGAUAGAAAUUCUCCACUUUUGGAAUCUGAACAUGAAAUUGUACAAGAGCCUGAGUUAACACAAGAAGAACUUGACCAUAUUGCAAUGAUACAACAAAUGGCACAACAAUCUUCGUUCGAUCAAUUUACUACAAGACCUCCAGUUCCACCAAUGCCAAUUAGAAUUCCAACUAUUGAUGAACCAGUUCAACAAGUGAUUUCACAAAAAUCAGAAGAUCAAUCGGGAGCAACAUCAGAAGCUGAUAUUGAGAGAUCUUUCGAAAGAGAUAUUAGCUAUGAUAGAAAUUCUCCACUUUUGGAAUCUGAACAUGAAAUUGUUCAAGAGCCUGAGUUAACACAAGAAGAACUUGACCAUAUUGCAAUGAUACAACAAAUGGCACAACAAUCUUCGUUCGAUCAAUUUACUACAAGACCUCCAGUUCCACCAAUGCCAAUUAGAAUUCCAACUAUUGAUGAACCAGUUCAACAAGUGAUUUCACAAAAAUCAGAAGAUCAAUCGGGAGCAACAUCAGAAGCUGAUAUUGAGAGAUCUUUCGAAAGAGAUAUUAGCUAUGAUAGAAAUUCUCCACUUUUGGAAUCUGAACAUGAAAUUGUUCAAGAGCCUGAGUUAACACAAGAAGAACUUGACCAUAUUGCAAUGAUACAACAAAUGGCACAACAAUCUUCGUUCGAUCAAUUUACUACAAGACCUCCAGUUCCACCAAUGCCAAUUAGAAUUCCAACUAUUGAUGAACCAGUUCAACAAGUGAUUUCACAAAAAUCAGAAGACCAAUCAGGGGCAACAUCAGAAGCUGAUAUUGAGAGAUCUUUCGAAAGAGAUAUUAGCUAUGAUAGAAAUUCUCCACUUUUGGAAUCUGAACAUGAAAUUGUUCAAGAGCCUGAGUUAACACAAGAAGAACUUGACCAUAUUGCAAUGAUACAACAAAUGGCACAACAAUCUUCGUUCGAUCAAUUUACUACAAGACCUCCAGUUCCACCAAUGCCAAUUAGAAUUCCAACUAUUGAUGAACCAGUUCAACAAGUGAUUUCACAAAAAUCAGAAGAUCAAUCGGGAGCAACAUCAGAAGCUGAUAUUGAGAGAUCUUUCGAAAGAGAUAUUAGCUAUGAUAGAAAUUCUCCACUUUUGGAAUCUGAACAUGAAAUUGUUCAAGAGCCUGAGUUAACACAAGAAGAACUUGACCAUAUUGCAAUGAUACAACAAAUGGCACAACAAUCUUCGUUCGAUCAAUUUACUACAAGACCUCCAGUUCCACCAAUGCCAAUUAGAAUUCCAACUAUUGAUGAACCAGUUCAACACGUUUUGACUCAAAAAUCAGAAGAUCAAUCGGGAGCAACUUCAGAAGCUGAUAUUGAGAGAUCUUUCGAAAGAGAUAUUAGCUAUGAUAGAAAUUCUCCACUUUUGGAAUCUGAACAUGAAAUUGUUCAAGAGCCUGAGUUAACACAAGAAGAACUUGACCAUAUUGCAAUGAUACAACAAAUGGCACAACAAUCUUCGUUCGAUCAAUUUACUACAAGACCUCCAGUUCCACCAAUGCCAAUUAGAAUUCCAACUAUUGAUGAACCAGUUCAACAAGUGAUUUCACAAAAAUCAGAAGACCAAUCAGGGGCAACAUCAGAAGCUGAUAUUGAGAGAUCUUUCGAAAGAGAUAUUAGCUAUGAUAGAAAUUCUCCACUUUUGGAAUCUGAACAUGAAAUUGUUCAAGAGCCUGAGUUAACACAAGAAGAACUUGACCAUAUUGCAAUGAUACAACAAAUGGCACAACAAUCUUCGUUCGAUCAAUUUACUACAAGACCUCCAGUUCCACCAAUGCCAAUUAGAAUUCCAACUAUUGAUGAACCAGUUCAACAAGUGAUUUCACAAAAAUCAGAAGACCAAUCAGGGGCAACAUCAGAAGCUGAUAUUGAGAGAUCUUUCGAAAGAGAUAUUAGCUAUGAUAGAAAUUCUCCACUUUUGGAAUCUGAACAUGAAAUUGUUCAAGAGCCUGAGUUAACACAAGAAGAACUUGACCAUAUUGCAAUGAUACAACAAAUGGCACAACAAUCUUCGUUCGAUCAAUUUACUACAAGACCUCCAGUUCCACCAAUGCCAAUUAGAAUUCCAACUAUUGAUGAACCAGUUCAACAAGUGAUUUCACAAAAAUCAGAAGAUCAAUCGGGAGCAACAUCAGAAGCUGAUAUUGAGAGAUCUUUCGAAAGAGAUAUUAGCUAUGAUAGAAAUUCUCCACUUUUGGAAUCUGAACAUGAAAUUGUUCAAGAGCCUGAGUUAACACAAGAAGAACUUGACCAUAUUGCAAUGAUACAACAAAUGGCACAACAAUCUUCGUUCGAUCAAUUUACUACAAGACCUCCAGUUCCACCAAUGCCAAUUAGAAUUCCAACUAUUGAUGAACCAGUUCAACAAGUGAUUUCACAAAAAUCAGAAGACCAAUCAGGGGCAACAUCAGAAGCUGAUAUUGAGAGAUCUUUCGAAAGAGAUAUUAGCUAUGAUAGAAAUUCUCCACUUUUGGAAUCUGAACAUGAAAUUGUUCAAGAGCCUGAGUUAACACAAGAAGAACUUGACCAUAUUGCAAUGAUACAACAAAUGGCACAACAAUCUUCGUUCGAUCAAUUUACUACAAGACCUCCAGUUCCACCAAUGCCAAUUAGAAUUCCAACUAUUGAUGAACCAGUUCAACACGUUUUGACUCAAAAAUCAGAAGAUCAAUCGGGAGCAACAUCAGAAGCUGAUAUUGAGAGAUCUUUCGAAAGAGAUAUUAGCUAUGAUAGAAAUUCUCCACUUUUGGAAUCUGAACAUGAAAUUGUUCAAGAGCCUGAGUUAACACAAGAAGAACUUGACCAUAUUGCAAUGAUACAACAAAUGGCACAACAAUCUUCGUUCGAUCAAUUUACUACAAGACCUCCAGUUCCACCAAUGCCAAUUAGAAUUCCAACUAUUGAUGAACCAGUUCAACAAGUGAUUUCACAAAAAUCAGAAGACCAAUCGGGAGCAACAUCAGAAGCUGAUAUUGAGAGAUCUUUCGAAAGAGAUAUUAGCUAUGAUAGAAAUUCUCCACUUUUGGAAUCUGAACAUGAAAUUGUUCAAGAGCCUGAGUUAACACAAGAAGAACUUGACCAUAUUGCAAUGAUACAACAAAUGGCACAACAAUCUUCGUUCGAUCAAUUUACUACAAGACCUCCAGUUCCACCAAUGCCAAUUAGAAUUCCAACUAUUGAUGAACCAGUUCAACAAGUGAUUUCACAAAAAUCAGAAGAUCAAUCGGGAGCAACUUCAGAAGCUGAUAUUGAGAGAUCUUUCGAAAGAGAUAUUAGCUAUGAUAGAAAUUCUCCACUUUUGGAAUCUGAACAUGAAAUUGUUCAAGAGCCUGAGUUAACACAAGAAGAACUUGACCAUAUUGCAAUGAUACAACAAAUGGCACAACAAUCUUCGUUCGAUCAAUUUACUACAAGACCUCCAGUUCCACCAAUGCCAAUUAGAAUUCCAACUAUUGAUGAACCAGUUCAACAAGUGAUUUCACAAAAAUCAGAAGAUCAAUCGGGAGCAACUUCAGAAGCUGAUAUUGAGAGAUCUUUCGAAAGAGAUAUUAGCUAUGAUAGAAAUUCUCCACUUUUGGAAUCUGAACAUGAAAUUGUUCAAGAGCCUGAGUUAACACAAGAAGAACUUGACCAUAUUGCAAUGAUACAACAAAUGGCACAACAAUCUUCGUUCGAUCAAUUUACUACAAGACCUCCAGUUCCACCAAUGCCAAUUAGAAUUCCAACUAUUGAUGAACCAGUUCAACAAGUGAUUUCACAAAAAUCAGAAGAUCAAUCGGGAGCAACUUCAGAAGCUGAUAUUGAGAGAUCUUUCGAAAGAGAUAUUAGCUAUGAUAGAAAUUCUCCACUUUUGGAAUCUGAACAUGAAAUUGUUCAAGAGCCUGAGUUAACACAAGAAGAACUUGACCAUAUUGCAAUGAUACAACAAAUGGCACAACAAUCUUCGUUCGAUCAAUUUACUACAAGACCUCCAGUUCCACCAAUGCCAAUUAGAAUUCCAACUAUUGAUGAACCAGUUCAACAAGUGAUUUCACAAAAAUCAGAAGACCAAUCAGGGGCAACAUCAGAAGCUGAUAUUGAGAGAUCUUUCGAAAGAGAUAUCAGCUAUGAUAGAAAUUCUCCACUUUUGGAAUCUGAACAUGAAAUUGUUCAAGAGCCUGAGUUAACACAAGAAGAACUUGACCAUAUUGCAAUGAUACAACAAAUGGCACAACAAUCUUCGUUCGAUCAAUUUACUACAAGACCUCCAGUUCCACCAAUGCCAAUUAGAAUUCCAACUAUUGAUGAACCAGUUCAACAAGUGAUUUCACAAAAAUCAGAAGAUCAAUCGGGAGCAACUUCAGAAGCUGAUAUUGAGAGAUCUUUCGAAAGAGAUAUUAGCUAUGAUAGAAAUUCUCCACUUUUGGAAUCUGAACAUGAAAUUGUUCAAGAGCCUGAGUUAACACAAGAAGAACUUGACCAUAUUGCAAUGAUACAAAAUUUAGCAGAACAGUCUUCCAUGGAUCAAUUUGUUCCUGUGAUAAAACCAAUCGUUUCGCAAGUCCCUAUACGAUUCACAUUCAUGGGGAAUACUACCACUGACAAAAUGUGUACGAGUGAGCCGGAGAUUCAAAGCACAUCAGAUAACCGACGAACAUCCAUUACGUAUACAUCUCAUGUUUCUCCACAAAAUCUUCGUGAUUUACGUUCAUCAACAUCAUUCCCUUCAAGUAGUUUAACCGAUGAAAAACCAACAAAACGAAAAUUGAUAAGAGAAUCAAGUGUACAAGUUGUGUAUACAGAUCAUAUUUUACGAGAUAUGCAAAGUGUGGAAAAUGCUGACUCAUCAACAUCAGCUAUACAAAUUGAGCCAGAAGAAGAUGAGUUGGUGCGAGACAUCACAGAAUAUGAAAUCGAAACAUCAUCUUUGGUCAACAAAUAUGUUAUCGAACAGGCAAAUUUCCAACAACUAUCAAAUCCAAUUCCAACAUCCCCAAUUCGUCGAACUAUGAGUGCAACAACUGGAGAAUGCAGUAUUUAUACAUCUCUCUUUGAAAACGAGGUUAAGCAUGCACAGAGUCAUGAUCAAAUUAAGAGUGCCCAUCCUAAUGCAUAUGAACUAUGUGAGCAACAUAGCUUCCGCGACGCUCAACCACUACUUUGCAAUGUCGACUUUUUAUGGCGCCUCAAUUUUGCUGCAAAUAGAAUGACCGAGGAAAUUGCCGAAGAGGUUCGUUUCAAUUUUCUAUUUUUUUCUCUUUUUUUUGGAUGAACAAAACAACCCAUAAAUACAUGUGCAUGUGUGUGUGUUUGUGUAAUGCAAAAUUCAAUUACAGGCUGGUAGGCAAUUGCGUGCUCACUAUAGAAAUGUGGCCAAUCCAAGAGCCAGAUAUUUCUCGGAUACCUAUAUUGAUACUGGAUCGGAUGACGAAGAAGAAGAAUCGUGAGUUUUUAUAGGAAAUAUUUUUUUGAAAAAAAGUUCAAGAGAACACAUAUUAGUAGCUUAUAAAAAUGUGGGCAUAGUUUUUUUUUCUAACCAAGUCAACUAGAAAAUUGAUGACUUAAAAAUGCAAAGUUUUUCACCGCGAAAAAAAAUAUUUUUUGCAGACCAAUCGGAUUUGUUGUUGAACCAUUUGAAGAAACGCCAUCAUAUGGAUUAUUCUCUUUCUUUAGUUCAAAGAAAAAGAGUAUAAGUGACAGACCGAGAAGUGCACUUGCAAUGUUUACAUCUUCUCCAACUCCAUCUGUUGGGCGAAAAGAAUCGGAAGAUCGUGGAGAUAUUAUGAAUCUUUUGAGAAGGUUAGUCCUAAUUUUAAAAUUUUGCACCUUUAAUUUCUUCAGAUCAUCUGGAGCUGAUUCGCGUGCAUCGAAUGAUAGUACAAAACUACCAGAUACCGCGUUGGUUGGAUUAUCCGAAUCAGAGAAGCAACACAUCAUGGCUGUAUUGAAUAGAUCUAAUAGAUCAGUCUCACCAAUGACUUCAAGACGAUGUUCGUCUGCUCUUCAAAUUUUGCCAGAAGUUGGAAAUUUAUCAGAUGCUGAGAAAGAGCAUAUUCAAAAUGUUCUUGAAAAGGCUGAAUCUAAAACGCCUUACAUGAUCAGAAUACCUGUCAAAAAACAGAUAUCUUCUCGAACUGAAUCAACAAACUCCAGAGUUUCAAGUGAUGGAAUCGAUGAAGAAGUUACACAAGAUGUAUCAAUUGAUGAGCAAAGAAAACAUGAACCAAUUAUUGAAAUUCCAUCAAGAGCUACAACUCCACGUAAUAAUUUGAGAGUUGUUCCACCACCAAUUGCUAUUUCAUGCCCAACUCCUCCACAUUCUGCGAAAACUGAUUCAUCAAAGCUUUCAAGUGGAUCAUCGGCUUCAAAUACACAACAAUUCGGUUUUUCUACUCCAUCCAUUUCUGGUAUAAAGACAUUCUUCGACAAAGCAAAAGAUACUCUAAUUAAAGAAGAUUCUACUGCAAAUGAAAAUGUUCUUGAAGAAGUGAAGCCCCAAAAUCCACCACAAAAGAAAAAUAGUGGAUUUGGAUUGAAAACGUUUUUUGGAAAAGCAACAGAUGUUGUCAAAAAUGCUCUGUUAGAAGACGACAAUGCGCUUACACAAGAAGAACUUGAUCAUAUUGCAAGAAUGAAUAAAUUAGCGGAAGAAGAAUUGGGAACAACUCCUAUUCCGAAAACUUCACAAGCUGAAUUAACAAAGGAGGAGCUUGAACACAUUGCUAAGAUGAAUUCAUUGGCAGCACAAGAGUUCGGUGAGAUACAAAAUAUUCUACCACCAGUUAAAGUUCAAGAACCUGAACUCACUCAACAAGAAUUGGAUCAUAUUGCCAGAAUGGCGGCAAUGGCUGAACAAGAUUCUAUGAUGACUGGGUUUACACAACCUGUAUCGAUUCAACCAAACAAAAAUUUAGAAUCGGAAUUGACGCAAAAAGAAUUGGAUCACAUUGCAAAGAUGACAGCAAUGGCUGAACAGGAUAAUUCUAUGAGCAAUGUUAAUCCACGAGUAUGGGCUAGAGAAGAUUCAGAAAAUAGCUCAAAAACAGGUUCUGCUGAAGAUGUUGAUUCCAUUGAUCAAGACUUGACACAGGAAGAAUUAGAUCAUAUCGCAAGAAUGAAUGCAAUAGCUGAUGAAGAUAUGAGAUUCUCAAGUACAAUCGAGCAACCUAAAGUGAAGCAAACCGAACCGCAGUUAAAUCAAGAAGAGUUAGAUCACAUUAUGAGAAUGGCUGCUAUGGCUGAAGAGGAUUCUAUCAAAACCACAGUCGCACCAUCUAAACCACAUGCAGAACCUGAGUUGACCCAAGAAGAAUUAGAUCAUAUCGCAAGAAUGACAGCGAUGGCUGAACAAGAUUCAAUGAUGACUAUAAUGGCACCUGAAAAACUAGUUGAACCAGAUCUAACCAAAGAAGAACUAGAACACAUUUCAAGAAUGGCUAGAAUGGCGGAAGAAGAUUCUAUGAUGACUGAAUUCAUUCAACCUGGUUUUAUUGAACCUCAGAAGCAAGCUGCGUCUGAAUUGACACAAGAAGAACUUGCACACAUCGAGAAAAUGACAAGAAUGGCUGAAGCUGAUGCUAUGAUGACUGGAUUCAAUCAACCUGGCUUUAUUCAAUCAGAAAAGCACUUAGAACCAGAAUUGACCCAGGAAGAAUUAGAUCACAUUGCAAGAAUGGCAGCAAUGGCUGAGCAAGAUUCAAUGAAUACAUUCUCACAGACUAGAAAACCAGAAAUUGGAACAGAGCUCACUCAGGAAGAAUUAGCUCAUAUUGCAAGAAUGGCAGCAUUAGCUGAUCAAGAUUCGGUGCAAACUAUUUUCUCGACUCAACCAGUAAAGCCUUCCGAACCUGAAUUGACACAAGAAGAACUAGAUCAUAUUGCAAAAAUGGCUCAAUUAGCUGAAAAUGAUACAAUGAUGUCCAAUCCAUUCCUACCAUCGACCGAAUUCAGGGAAACUCCAAUUUUCAAUCGAAAGGAAGAUGAGGAAUCAGAUUUCAGUUCGAGAACAGGUUCACCAGAAGAGCCUGAAAAUAUAUAUUCAAGUCAAGAAAUCGUUGAAGAAACUCCGAUUCUUCCAACACAAACAUCUGAAGAUCGAUCAUCAGCCACAUCGGGUGCCGAUAUACGUAUUAGUUUUGAGGGAACAUCUCCACUCAUUCCAGAUGAAAUACUUGAAGAAGAUAGAGAAAAUGGAGAAGACAUCAAAGAAGAGUCUGCAUAUGACAAGGUUUUUUUCGUUUUUUUUCCAUAUCUGCGUUUUUUAAUAGCGUGACUUUUUGCAGGAACAAGAUUUUGCCAUUUCACCAGUUGCCUCUGGCGGUUCAAUGAAUUCACAAAAAUCGAGUGAAUUUGAUAUCAGAAGUAUUGCCGAAAUCAGAAACGAGUCUGAUCAUGAUAUUGAAAAAUGGUAAGUUUAUUCAUUUUUCUAAUAAAAAUUAACUUCAGGCUAUUAGUGAAAAUUAAUUCGUAAUUUUUCAGGUAUGGCGAACAACUUAGUUUCAUGCGACAAUCCAUUGAACAAACUGAUGAAAUCAUUGAAGAUCAAGAAUCGGACGAAUAUAAUAAACAAUAUGUCGAAGAGCAGCUUGAUCUCGGAGGUUUGUUUAUUUUUAUUUGAAAAAAAAACUUCGCAGAAUUUUUUUGUAAACUUCUGAAAUCUCAACUAAUUUAUUUAUUUAUUCAGCGCCCUUUUUUUCGCAAGUUUCUCAGGCUCACAUAUCAAAUUGCCUAAAACAAUUAUCUCACUCCCUCCAAAAAAAGACAGAAAUAAUAAAUCUCCCUCUCCUCCUCCCUUUCCUCAAAAGGAAGUGCCAAAAAAACUGCAUUUUAGGUAAUAUUUCCAUCGAAGAGACGGAAAAGAUGGAGACAGCCAAAGAAACGAGAUCGAUGAGCUCGAACGAGCAACAAAAAGACAACAACUACUACUACGAAUAUGCACCAUCUACGAUCGAUGCAAGUGGAGUUGAAAAAGUAGACGACGAAGAAGAGAAACUAGAAAAUAGAGAACUAGGCAAAGUAGGGGGAAAAGCGGAAAAAGAAGAAAAAAGAGAAGAAGAAGAAGUUAUUGGUGGUGGUCGUAUGCUCAAAAAACGCACCAAUUUUGGUGGAUUCUUCACUAAUUUUGCUAACGAUGCGAUUUCAAAGGUUUGUUGUGGAAAAAACUUCGAUGUUACGUAUAUUCCCAAAGUUCUCUGGAAAAAUCCCCAUUUUUCCAAAGAAAAAAUUCCAAAUUUUCUAAAAAGCAUUUUUAUUAUAGUUGUUGUUGUUGUUCAGAAUUUUUCCCUCAGAAAUAUACAUGUUUUUUGUAUUAUUAUAUGCUCAACAAUUUCCGGCAUAUAGAUAGACAGAAACAAAACAACAAAAAAUGACAACUUUCGUAGGGCUCAUUAAUUUUAAAGUACCAACUUUUUUCUCUUUUCUGAUAAUUUUUUUUAGGCAAAAGAAGCUGGCGGUCAGAUACAAGCCGCCGUGGCCGCAGUCGAACCAACAAAGGUAAAAAAGUCCCUUUCACCUUUUUUUUCUGAAAAAAUCCUAAAUCUAAUUACAGCCAUCAACAUCAUCUGUCAACUCCAAUCAUGGUGCAUACAUUAGCCAGAAAAACAUGUGAGUGUUGCCAAAAAAACUCGAGAUCCGAGAGUUGAAUAAAAAAAAGAUAUCAAAUUUCGAAUGAGUUUUUUUUUGCAGAAAUGAAAUGCCAACUGGUCUUGAAGGUCUUUCCGAAUCAGAGCGACAAAAAAUUAUGUCUGUUAUGGCUGAUGCAGAAAUGGACUCAUCGAAUAGUAUAAUUCCGAUUAGGCAACAAAAUAUUCCUAGUGUUCAAUCUAGUUCAAAUAUCCCACCGGGUCUCGAAGGUUUAUCAGAAGCCGAGAGACAGAAAAUCAUGUCUGUUAUGGCUGAAGCUGAUAUGGAUAAUGCAAGAAGUGCAGUACCAAGUAGAUCUCCAAGUGUUAAUAGAUUCCAAUCAUCAUCACUUCCACCACCAAGGUAAUUACUUAUUUUUCCAAGCCAAUUGAAUCUUAUAAUUUUUUUUAGUGUUUCAAUGAUCCCACCUGGCCUCGAAGGCUUAUCAGAAGCUGAGAGACAGAAAAUCAUGUCAGUUAUGGCUGACGCAGAAACGGAAGUUUCUCGAAGUUCAGUGCCAAGCAGAUCUCAAAGUUCUACAAGAUUCCAAACACCACCAUCGCAAAGGUGAGCAUUUUUGAAAUUAGAGUCACAUUCACCUUAAAAAUCAAGGGUAUAUUGGAAUCAGUAAACUACUCCUACCAAAUUUUUGACCACGUAAAUAAUUCAUAACCUGACUUUCUUUAGCAUGUCAAUGAUACCGCCUGGCCUUGAACAACUUUCCGAAGCCGAGCGUCAGAAGAUUAUGUCAGUAAUGGCUGAAGCUGAUAUGGAUGUUUCUAGGAGCUCAGUUCCAAGCAGAUCUCAAAGUUCUAACAGAUUCCAAACACCUCCUCCACCGCAAAGGUUGGUUCUUUUUAAAAAGAUUAAACUUGAUUUUUUUCUCAAAAGUUAGCGUAUUGAAACAAAAGUUGAAACGAUUUUUUUGACAACUAAAACAUUUAAAAACUUCUACCAUUACUUUCUCCAGCAUGCCAAUAAUACCGCCUGGACUUGAACAACUCUCCGAAGCCGAGCGUCAGAAAAUCAUGUCAGUGAUGGCUGAUGCAGAAAUGGAAGUUUCUCAAAGCGCGGUUCCAAGUAGAUCUCAAAGUUCUACUCGAUUCCAACCUUCGCAACUUCCACCACCAAGGUACAUAUAUUCUUUUAUGAAAAAUGUAACUUUUGAAAUCAAUAAUUCCAGUGUUUCAAUGGUACCACCUGGCCUCGAAGGUUUAUCUGAAGCCGAACGUCAAAAGAUUAUGUCGGUUAUGGCGGACGCAGAAAUGGAUGCCGUUAAAAGUUCAGUUCCUAGUAGAUCAUCUACAGUUUCUGGCUUCCAACAACUUCCACCACAAAGGUAAAAUUAAAUAAUUCGAGUAAAUAUUUUAAUCUCAAUUCUGAUUCCAGUGUUAUUCCACCGGGACUCGGAGAUUUAUCAGAAGCCGAGAGACAGAAAAUCAUGUCUGUUAUGGCUGAAGCUGAUAUGGAUAAUGCAAGAAGUGCAGUACCAAGUAGAUCUCCAAGUGUUAAUAGAUUCCAAUCAUCAUCACUCCCCCCACCAAGGUAAUUAAUUUUUACUCUCAAUUUGAUAAUUUUUAAUUUAUAUUUGUAGCGUUUCAAUGAUUCCACCGGGUCUCGAAGGUUUAUCAGAAGCUGAGAGAGAGAAAAUCAUGUCGGUUAUGGCUGAUGCAGAAAUCGAAGAAGCGAAGAGUAAUGUUCCAAGCAGAUCUCCAAGUUUCAACAGAUUCCAACAAUUACCACCACCAAGGUAAGAGUUUUUCAAAAAACAAGACCAAUUCAAUUUUAUUUUAUUUAGCUUUAUUCCAACAAUUCCGCCUGGUCUCGAAGAUUUAUCCGAAGAAGAGCGGCAAAAGAUAAUGUCAGUUAUGGCAAACGCCGAAAUUGAGGAAGCAAGGAGUAAUGUUCCAAGUAGAUCUCCUAGCUUUAAUGUGGUCAAACCAACUGGUCUUGAAGAUCUAACCGAAUCAGAAAGAGAGAAGAUUAUGUCUGUUAUGGCGAAUGCAGAAUUAGAAGAGUCAAUAGUUCCCCAAUCUUCUGGAUUCGGAAUUACAAAUCCAUUCAUCGCUGAACCAAAUCAACAGUUCAGUGGAUUUACAAUGGAAGACUUGGAAAGAUCUCAAGAACGGGAAAAACCAACACCAACAGGUCAUUCAGGAUUCCAACCAGCUGGUUACAUGUGAGUUUUAUUUAUUUUCAAACAUGAGCCCAAAAUGUUAAUUAUAAACUUUCAGGGUGGAAGAUGAUGUACCCCCUUCAACAAGCACAACUUCAAAGAGACAAUUAUCCUACGAGUCAACAUCUCCAACUCGAGAAUCGGGAUAUGCAACAUCGUCAACAUCAUACGAAAAAGAAUUGGUAAUUUGACUCUUUUUUUUUCGCUACGCUAAUUGAUGUGCACUUUUUCAGGGCGGCGGUGAGCGAAUGUUGGGAGAUCUUGAAGAUUUGAUGAAAAUUCGUGAAGGAGCUUGUAGUCGUCGCGACAGUCGCGAAGGUAUUCGAGAAGUUCGUCCAGAAGAUGAAAUUGUGCAAACUCCACCACUCGAAGAUUCGGUUUCAUCGCAACGAGAUGAUUUCGAUUUCACAUAUUCGGAUUCGAGAUUUGCAGAUAUUGUCAAACUUCAAGAAGAGGAAGAAAAAGCUGCGGAAGAGCAGAAACAAUUACUUUUGCAGAAGCAGAAACAAGAAGAAAUACAGAAGCCUGAAGAAAAACCAAGAAUGUGGACAACUGUUUUCGAUGGUGAUGAAUCUGAAUUACCAAUCAGAGAUUUUGUUGAUUUGAAAGAACCAUCUGGUUUUGAUUUCCCAAAAGAGACGGAUGAAGUUUUUGAAAAACCAGCAGAGAUGAAGAGGAUUCGAGUAACUAAAACACGUGAGUAUUUUUGCUCGUUCUUCUUUGAAGAAAUUUCAACCAUUUAUAUUUUCAGACGAUGUUGAUAUGGAUGAGAUAUAUGAUAAUGUGAUCACGACAUCAACAAUUCCAACAAAUGUGAAUAGAAAUAUCAAAGAAGUCGAGUUUGAUUCAUCAUCCACUACAAAUAAACAAAAAUUGCCAAAACUUCCUCCACAAAUCAAAAUCACACAAGAAGAAGAAGAAACUCGCAGUGAUUCGGAAGAAGAGGAAAAUUCAGAAGACGAUGAUGAAUAUCCAGACAAAGUUGUAGCUGCUCCAUCCGCUCCAACUCCAACAUUUGAAGAAGUUGAGAAAGAGAGAAUGCGACAAGAAGAACUCGGAAAAGAGGUUUUGAUGCAGAUUCAAGCAUUCGGUGAAGUUGCCAACGAUGAAUUUGAUGUGAAGUGGGCUAAGAGUAGUUUGAAUCAGAAUAUUCCACGAAGUCAGCCGAUUGCUAUUCCACAAAAGAAAUUGGAAGAAUCAGAGCAAGAAAAAGAAAAAAGAAAACAUGAAAUUCUUGAUGAUCCCAACUUACACUACCACGGUCAUAAUCCAUUCCUAGAUUCUCCUGAUGAGGACGAUGAUGUUUCUGUGAACAUGGAAGAUGUCGAGUUUGCAGAAAUCGCCAAAUUCUAUGAAUCAGCUAAUCAAAUGAUGCGAAGACCAGGUCCAGUUUAUACAAUCGCAGAGGAUGAAUCUGAAGAUGAUGGAACAUUGAUUAAUUCAGAAAGUCGAUUGAUUGGUAAGAUAUUUUGCAAAUAUAAUAGAAAUUAUUAAAAUAUUUUUUCAGCUCGAGAAAAACGACUAAUGUCCAAAGAACGAGCUGAAUCAUUGAUGCAAAAAUAUGAGAAGAAAAAGAAAAUCGAGGUGAAGGCAACAACAUCUGCGCCAUCCACAAAAACAACUAAUUCUUAUGCAAUCAUAAGUUUCGCAGGUGAGCGCUUUUUCGAAAAUUCGAAUAAAUCUUGAGAAAAAAACAUUUCAGGUACAUCAAACCCAACUACUACCGAUACCACUAAAUUCUUCGAAGAGCUCAAGAAAAAAUCCAAAGAACCCAAAAAGGAUAUCCCUCCAGAAAUUUCUGCAUCAAUCGAUCGAACAAUGGCCGAAGUCGAAAGUCUUUUGGAUCAAGUUUAUACAAGUUCCGAUAAAUCAAAACCAAAUCUGUUGUUCUUUGAUCAAUCCAAAUUCCAACUUCCAACAAAAGAAACCAAAUCAACUGGAACUGAGACAAAUGAAUCAGUAUCUCCAUCCUUCCUCCUGCCAUUGAAGCAAUCAGCAGUUUUAGGAAGUUGUUUGGAAUCAUUGCAAAAUGAGAACUUAACCGAUGAUGAAACUUCUCCAAGGUGAGUUAUUAUAAUUGACAAUCAUGGUAGGAAAAAAGGUUAUCUCCUAACUCUCAAAUGUACCGUUGGUUCGAGGAACAUUCGCUUUUCCGUAUUUAUUAUAAAGAAAUCAGAUCCCCGGCCUUUUUUGGCCAGCAAGUAUAUAUUCAUGUUUUCAGAGGCCUCAAGCGCUCUCCUGGAAUGUUACUUCCAUCUCCAACAUCCACAACACCGCUUCCAAUUCAUUCAUCCGAAAAUACAAUCGGAGCUUCAACUUCUUCAAUGUUUGGCGGAAUCAGUAUAACUGAUCCUUUACCUUCAACUCUCGACGGUUUGACAAAUUCAUACAAAUGGUUGCAAAAUAUCGAGGUUAGUUCAUUUUCCUUUUUGUUUCAGGUGGUAAGUUUUUUUGAAUUUCAUGUUUUGUUAUUUUGUUUUUCGAUCAAUUUUCCCAUUUUGUCCUCACAAACAAAAUUUUUAAUUACAAUGUAUAUAUUUUUUAUGAAAUGAAAAUUUGAGAUUUGGCACAUCGCCAAAACAAGCCGCCCUCUCUAUUUUCCGACUCCACCCUUCUUCCUCUCUUUUCUCUGAUUCUAUGCUCUUUUCUGAUGUGUAUGCUACCUCUACAUCAAGUAUACUUUUUUGGCCUUUUCUUUUCUGGUGCAGUGGAGAAAAAAGAGAAGGAGGAGAAAAAAAAAGAGAAGAAGAAGCUUCUCAUUCUAGUAGUAUUUUUACUCGACCAGACUAGGCACUUAUAUAUUUUCAUAUUAUUUUUUUGAAGUUUUAUUUCUCUCUAGAUGAUAUUUUGAAACGGUGAGAUUUCUUAGAGAGGGCGGAUUGCUUGGAUGUAUCAAAAUGAACCUUCUGAAAAAUUUGCCGAAAAUAAAUGUAUUUUUCACCUUCUUUAUCAAACUUCAAGCCUCAAAACAAAUAAAUUUGCUAUAGAGUUUACAAUUCUAAAACUUCCACGAAAAAUUCAGAUUUUGCUAGAUCCAUUCUAAAGCUCGCCUUCCUCUUUUCCGUUUAGAAACGUUUAGAGCUCGGAGAAACAAAAAUGCUCUCAGCUUGUCUUUUUCGUCUUCUCUUCUUUUUUCGAGGUGCUUGCUCUUUUUUGGAGACUAGUUUUAUUGAUUUUUUCGGACAUUCUGAAGGAGAGAUAAAGAAGCAUAGCAAAUAAUUAGUAAUUCUGCACUUUCCAAAAAAAAGACAAUGAAUUUUUUUUUCGCGACCAAAAAUUAGGAAUUCAGAAGGUUCAAUAGAUACAAAGUGCAUAAUAUUUCAAAUUUUUUGCAAACUAAAAAUUUUAGGAUGAUGGAAGUGCUGGAUCUAACGAAAUGGGUCGUCGUAAAUUACCAUCAAUUCCACCAAAUUCAUCAGCAUUCCCACCUCCUCCACCAAUCCAUCAACAGCCUAGCACUUCAACUGUCUCUAGAAUUGAUGCAAUCCUUCCAAUGGAUCCAAUAAUUCCUAGAUCAGUCGCUCCAGUUUAUAUAACAUCAUCUUCAGCGCCAAUCGAUUCAAGACCAACAUCAUCUUUGUCAAUGUAUCAAAAUGACGUGAUUUUGUCUCGACCAACAUCUGCAGCUAGUAAUUAUACAACAGCUUCGGCGAUAAAUCCAACAAUUCUCCCCGGUGCUGCGUAUUCAUCAAAAUCUUUGAGGCAACCAAUUUCGUCUGGUUUACCAACAAAAUCGAUAACUACUUCGAUAACUCCUGUGUCAUCAAUUUCAAAACCAUCGAACUCGGGAGCACGAGUUCCAAAUACUCUGGCUCGGGUUUUAUUGAAAAAAGAAUUGAAAGAAGUUCUAAAUCAGCGAAAAGGUAGAAUGGAGGCAACAGAAAUCGAGGCAAAUCAGCGACAUUAUAAAGUUCAGAAAAUGUUAGUCACCGGACUUCUUCCUGAAAAACAAGAAGAUGAUAUUCCUCGUGUUGUAAAAUGUGGUCUUCCUGCUGAUCUAGUCAAAGAUGUUAAUAUUGCUCCAAUUAUUCCGCCAAGUCCAGCAGCUCGACGAGGUUAUCCAUCACCACCAGUCAUCCGAAGAUCAACCGUUUCACCAAAACGAUACGAAGGUCAAAAAUAUGAGGUGAAGGACUUCAGCAAGAAAAGUAUUGCCACACAAGCUAGUAGUACUACGGAAUCACAUCCAACUACAAGUUUGCGAGCACAAAUUGAUUUUGAUCGAAGACCAACUCUGAUGACAUAUGUGGGAAAAAGAUCAGCUGAAACUCAGACUGAAAAUGGUUAUGGAAGUUUACCAAGACAACAAACCCAUCAGUCUCGAAGACGAAGAGAACAUCACACAUCUUCUUCAUCUUCCAUGAUUCAUCAAUCAACAAGUCUACCACAUAAUGAUUUAUUGGAAAUAACUCGUCGAUAUUUCGAAGAUUAUGAUCGUCAAUUGAAAGAUAUUGGAACACGUCAUUCAACUUCAUCAAGAAGACGUUUCAAUUUCCAUGAUGAUGACGAUCAAAAUGAUUAUCGAAAAGCUCAAGUUAUGAGUGAAUUGGCAAAACGAAAAGAGAGAAUGUGUGCAUCUUGUGAGAUUUUGAACACCAAUACUGAUAUUCCGAUGACAUCGGAUUACAGUAGUCAUAUUCCACAUUAUGGAUCCUUGCCAAGAAUUGAUUAUCCAAGAGGUCCUAGAAGUGAUCUUCGAGACUUCACAUACCGUCAGCAAAAUCUACCAAUGCAAAAUUUGCCUAUGCAAAAUUACGCAUAUAAUUGUGGAAGUCUACCUCGAAACUUCGAACGAUAUCAACCAAUAGAAAUCGAGCAUGAACAAUCUUUCGGAGCUCCUCCGCCAUCAACAUCAAUGUAUGAUUUGGCAAUACCAUCUAAUAUGGAAGAGUAUACACCAAGACCUCAUAACAACAUGAUAAGUCAAUAUGCGAGCUAUUUGAAUAGUCAAUUCAUGAACCGAAAUCAGAACAACUAUUUAUCACAAAUGGCUCCAUUAUCUGCGCCAAUUCAACAACAACAGACUCAAUUACCUCAUCCAAUGCAGCCAAUCACCCGAUAUGAUGAUCCAUUGCUAAUCCCAAGAGCCCGAAUCAAUUCUCAACCUCAACCAAUGUCUUCCUAUUCCCGAAAUGAUAUGAACUAUGGAAGUAGACCUGCGCAAUCAAGUCUUCUUGAAUAUGGUAAUCAAAUUCGAAGUCAUUAUGAUGUUCCAAUCCAUCAACAAUCUAUACAACAACAACAACCACUGAUGUCAACAUCGUGGUCAAUGGCUCAACAAUCACAAGCUCAACCAUUAGUCUCCUCUUAUCUUUCCGAUGCCCAAGCACUUGGAACUACAUCAGUAAAUCGUUGGCCAAAAGAUGAUGCCUUAUCUCGAAUGUAUGCAACAGUAUCAAGAAGACCAAGAGGUGAUCCUACUAGUCCGUCUUUCCUAAUCGAUGGUCGUUGAUAAUUUUUUAAAUUAAUUAAUUUAUUUUAUUUAAUUGCAAUAUACUUUUAUUUUCUUGCCUACGUGUCUUUUCCUGCCACUAAUUUCAUUAAUAAAUUUAUUGAUCGAGUUGAUAUGAGAGAGAAAAAAUUAUUCCAGAUUCAUAGUUUGUAAUUUACUACCCUAAAUCACCGGACCAGACUUUGAAAAUUUUUGCGGUAGGUAAAGAUAUUGUUUUCGAAAUCGCUAUUCUUUCCAAAACGUUGCUCAAAUUUUUGUCAGGUUCCAAAAUAUUUGAAGAAAUUUGGGGUAGUAAAGUACAAUCUGUGAGAUUCAAUUUUUUGUGAAAUUUUUUUCGAGAAAAUAAGUUUCUCUUGGAAAAUUUUAUUUCACUAAAAAUAUUUUAUGAUUCAAUUUUUGAUCAAAAACCCAAAUAUUAGAAAAAUUCCAAGAUGAAUUUUUCAAAAACGUACGUCAUCAUCAGGAAACCUGAACAAACAAUAUUAUUUUCCAAUUUACUCUCUCAUUUCUCUCCAUCUUUUUUCAAUAAAAAAUAAAACGGACAUUUUCUGCACGUUUCCGAUAUGCAGUCAUGUCCGAGUGGUUAAGGAGAUUGACUAGAAAUCAAUUGGGCUUUGCCCGCGUAGGUUCGAAUCCUGCUGACUGCGAAACUUUUUUGAAUUAACGACCAUCGAUAAGGAUCGAAUUUGAAUGAUAAUUUUUAACUUUAGAUUUUUUGAUUACAGAUGUUAGCGCCAACCCAAAUAAUAUCAGUACUGGUUCAAGUAACUACGCAAGACGUGCUAUUCGCCCCGUAUCUUACCGUAAUCCACAUUGCUCCAACUCAAUGCCAGAUCGUCGAAUAACUCGAAGACAUAUUGAUGGAAAAUACGAUGUGAAGCGAAUUCUUCUAACUCGUCGAUACAAACAUCAUAAUGUCUAUAAUGAUUUGGGUGUUCGAGUUGUUGGUGGCAAACGACAAAAUAAUGGAGAAUUGGCGGCUUAUGUUUCAGGUGUCAACAACACAUUAUCCAGCCAAACGCUCGGGCAAAUCAAGAUUGGUGAGAUCUGGAAAAAAAAACUUCAGAGAAUAUAGAAUUUGAGAAUUAAUUUUCAAAAAAUUUAGGUGAUGAAUGCGUUGAAUGGAAUGGUGUAUUAUUGCGUGGUAAAACAUUUGAAGAAGUGGAGAGAAUUGUGAAUUCGAGUCAGGGAGAAGUUGAGAUGUUGAUUAGAACGUGAGUUUGGAAAUUUUGGUGAAAAAAGUAGAGUAAAUUCACUAAAAAUUAGUUGAAAAUUUUCAUGCAAAAACUUAUGUUCUCGUUCAAAACAUAUCUUAUGUCAAAACAUAAAUAUAGCCUAAAAUAACCAAGAAAAUCAAUAAAAACUACCAAAAAAUGAAUGGGUAACCUUAAUGGGGCUAUUCAUGUAUUUUCAUGUUAAGAAAACAGGAGAAAUGCGGAGAAAAUACAUUUUCUCCGUUUUUCUGUAUUUUCUCAGUCUACCUGAGCAGGUUUUCUUCACUUUUCUCUCGUUUUCUCAGCGUUAAGGAAAUAACAUGAAUAGCCCCAAUAAGGAAAUCAAUUAUUUUCACGGAAAACGCAAAACCCACCGGGAAAUAGGUGCAACUUUUGUGUGAAAAAAAGAAAAAUAAUAAUUUUGAAUUUUAUUUCGCUAAACAGCAUGCAGGCGCACAAACGGAGUGUCGUAUUAACCCCAAAUGAGAGUACGGGCUUUUACAAUGGAAAUUGAGAGAGACACAGAGAAAAAAAAAAUAAUUUGCAGUCUGACGCCAAAAAAUGUCAAGCAAAAAUUGAUUUUCUACAUAUUUUGUGCCUAUAUCUUUUUAUUUUUGCAAAAAUGUCAUUUCUGAAUUUUAAAAAGCAAAUUUGCUUUGUAUAAUUUAGAAAUAAAAAUUUUUAACAGUAAAAAAGCAGGGAAAUGUGAAAAAUUUUGGCGUGACCUCGACCAAACUGCAAAUUUUCUGUUUCUUUGUGUUGCUCUGGAUUUGCAAAAAAUUCAAAAUCUACAAGGGCGUGGAGUGUCGUAAUUCAAUAAUUUUCAGCAAAAAAUCGCCCCUUGAAUCCCAAUCUCUUCACCGUCGUAGAGAUGAUUUCUCACCUAUUGGCGAACGUGUUCCACCAGUUCCAAUGCAUCGAAUCAAUGGUGUCAACAACAAUAACAAUUAUCAUAGCUAUACUUUGGGCCAUCUCAAUAACAAUAACAAUUCUUUGAGUGAUUCAUCGCAUGGCGGACAUAUCCAAGUAUCCUUGGCGUAUGAUGGAAAUAGUCGACUUGUUGCGAAAAUUCAACGAGCUCGCGGUUUACGGUCAAGAGAUCCAGCUAGAAGUGCUCCGAAUGCAUUUGUCAAGGUUUAUUUGCUCCCCGGUAGAAAGUGAGUUGCAUAAACGUUGAUCCCGAUCGCCUUGAAAAUUCGAAUUAAUUUUAUUUUUAAAAAAAAAUAUGUGUCACGUGAUCACGUGAAAAAAUAAUAUUUCCGAAAAAGAUGCGGAAUUUUAAUUCAAAAUUUUGCAGAGUUUCCCACAAACGCCGCACUCGAUUUGUGGACUCUUCUUGCUCACCUGAAUGGAAUCAAAUUCUUGAAUAUCAAGUUGCUCCACAUACAAUCAAUACAAUGUUCCUUGAAUUCACAGUUUGCGAUUAUCAGCGUGACGUGGAUGAUUUGCCAUUGGGAAGUGUUCAGAUUCCAUUAGCUGAUAAAUCUGCCAUAAAUUCUGGGCCUCGUUGGUAUCCUCUUCAACAAAUCGAACAACAACAGCAACAUAAUCGAAAUGAUCAAUCUUCAAGUGGAAAUUAUGCCGAAUUACCAUUGUCAACUCCGCGUGCUCCAAUCACUCGUGGCUCUCAUCCACAAAAAUCACAAAAUCAGCAAAAUGGUUUCAAUAUUCGUCAUCAGCAAUAUAAUAAUGAGCAAAAUAAUCAAGCUAGUCAAAAAAGUGGUCGUCAUGCAACUUUCAAUUAUAAUCCAGGUAAACUGAGGGUCUUUGAAAAACAGGGAGAUUUGAGAGCGACGCAGAGAGAGAAACACAAAACGCACAGAGUCAAAUUUUUACUUUUGAUCAUUUUGAUCUACAAAAAAAUAUUUAAAAGUUUGAGGUCUAGUGAACACAAUGUGCGUUAAAUCCCGGCAGAAUUUCUAAUUUAAAAUAAUAUUUUUCAGUUUCUCUAGAUAUUGGCUAUCCAGCAAUCAACUAG